AUGUCUGUCGCCGAUGUUGACCCCGCCCAAAGGCUCAAGGAUCGCAAGCCGAUUCCGACCCCCGUCCCGGCUUAUCUGGCAAAGGCCGGAUCGCCGCUCACUGUCGAUAAGGUCCUAUAUGAAUCCGCGCAAAAGGCACCGCGAGUUCUCGUUGAAGAGUUUACCCUGCCCAUUCGCUCCGGCAAGGCGUGGAAAGCUCCCGCGGGGUCCAUUGUCAGGAUUAGUACUCCCGAAGGACCUCAAGUUGGUGACCUCAACAUUUGGAACGCCCACAACCCCCGCGAGCGCUUCUGGGCGUCUCGCACCCGGCAGCUGCACGCAAGCCACGUCUCAGUCGGCGAUCGUCUCUGGUCUAAUCUGCCGUACAUCCGUCCUCUGGUGACCAUCAUCGCGGACACGCUCGCGUGGUACGGCAAGGACGAACACGGAGGUCGCGUGCACGAUCUUCUUGGCACGCGGUGCGACCCUUACAUCAACACGAUCCUCAGCGGCGGCAGCUACGAUUUCCAGUGCCAUUCUAACCUGACGCGCGCCGUCGUCCCGUACGGGCUGAACGAGAGCGACGUUCAUGAUGUCAUUAACAUUUUCCAGUCGACGGGACUGGAUGAGCAGGGGCGGUAUUUCAUGAACCCUUGCCCAGCUGGCCCUGGGGAUUACAUUGAGUUCUUGGCUGAGCAGGACGUUCUAAUGGCUUUGAGCACGUGUCCCGGUGGUGAUUUGUCCCUCUGGGGUUUUGGUGAGGACAGCGAGGAGGAGAUGAUCAAGUGCUGCCGCCCGCUCAAGGUUGAGGUUUUCCGACUUGAGGACGAGGGGCUGUUGCAGCGCGGUGGAUGGAAGCCUGCGGAGGUUUCGCAGUACAAGGGAUGUCAUGGAAUGAACAUUCCUCUGGGGGAAGCGCGGAAGUAA